AUGAAUUUAAUAAUCAUAGACAAUGAACUGAUGACAAUAUCAACAGCAAUUCACGAAGUUGUUGAGGAGUUUUUCAUCGAACGUGACGUCUGGUUUGAUAUUUUUGUGAUUAAUGAGUUUUUGGAUGCCAACUCUGCAGAAUUUGAUCCAAAAUCAUCAGUCAAUAAGUCUAUAAUUUCAGCAGCAACUUACUAUGAACCAGAAACACUGCAAAUACUUUCAAAAUUCUUCUCACAUCCGUCAAGCUUCACCUACCGACUUAGCACUAAUCAAGCCUUAAGAUCGUAUUUUGAGAUAGCAAAAUCGAUAGUUUUUUUCGUUGAUUCCUGCACGAACUUUCAGGACAUCCACUACAACUUCAUGUUGGCGAGUAAAUUCUCCCAAAACUUUAAAUUCCUUACGUACAUCCACAACUGUAUGUAUUCGUACCUAGAACAGAAUAUUGAGCAUUUUAUUCAGCACAAAAGUCUGCUUGUGAAUUAUGGAUUAAUUGAGGAUUUUGAAAUAUUGCUCGUCAAUGAUGGUGACUUGCUAUACUUAGCAUCAAUAGAGUGGUUCUCAGAGUGGGCUUGUAACCGUCCACACCUCAAAAUCCUCAACAUUUACAACAAAUCAACUCAAAAAUGGAACCGAAAAUUGACAAAUUACAAAAAGCAUCAGAACUUCCAUGGCUGCGAGCUUGUCAUGCUGCUGUACCCAAGAACUGGAGGUGAAAAGUGGGGAUCUUACCGAACAAUUCCAACUACUGAUGCUAUCAAGCCGUUUGGCUUAGUUCCUGAAGUAUUUGAAUUGAUUGCAACAAGAUUUAACUUCAAGCCUUACUUCCAGCCAGGGAAACUUAACCGAUCUGUGAGCAUUUUUCAGGAAUUCAAUGAAGUCACUCUAAUUCCAAUCAACGGAACUGUCAAGUCACCAAAUGUCUGCUAUGAGAUUAUUAGAUUCUCAGACACAUUAAAAGUAACGACGCAGUCCACAACAAGCUUUUUGGAGAUUCGUGACAUCAUUCUAGUCACUCCUGGUGAUCUUUAUUCUCCAUUUGAGAAGCUGUUCCUGCCUUUUGAUGAUUGGACGUGGAAGCUGAUCGUUUUGACUUUUCUUGGUGCUUUUGUGGCUAUUUUUGUGAUCAAUCGACUGCCAAGCAUUUUUAAGACGAUUAUUUAUGGUGAAAAUGUGACAACUCCGGUGCUGAAUGUCGUCAGUUCCUUCUUUGGAAUCUCACAAGUCAAAUUGCCUGACAAGAACUUUCCACGAUUUAUUCUUAUUAUGUUUGUGAUGUUCUGCCUGAUUUUCAGGACCUGCUAUCAAAGUAAAUUGUUUGAAUUCAUGACAAGUGAACCACGACGAGCGCCACCAAAAAGUGUUGAAGAUUUGGUCGAAAGGAACUACACGAUGUAUGCAGCAUUAUAUUUUGCAGCUGGUGAGGACCUGACAAUAGAUGAAAUAUGGCCAAAUAUGAAAUAUGUUGAUGCUGACACUUACCAUGAGAUCUUUCGGAGUCAAUCACAAAACUCAUCAGCUAGAAUUGCUGUUGUGAUGCAGUCAAUGAUAUUAGAUCAUUAUGAAUGGAGAACAGGAACGACGAAGAACUGGUUGCAGAUUAAAGACUCAGUCGUUCAAGUCAGUCAACUUGGAUUUUCAUUUUUCGUCAAUAAUUACUUUUAUCGUGGCGUGAAUGAAGCAGUUCAGCAGCUGAUUGCAACUGGAAUAAUGACAAAAGUUGUUGGGAAUCUAAUUGGUGUAAAAAGGAAGUUUGUGAAGACAUCGGAACCGAGGAUCUUGGGAAUUGAAAAUUUAGACUUUGGAUUUGUCAUUUGGAUGUGGUUUUGUGGGAUUUGUGUGAUUGUGUUCCUUGUUGAGGUGUCUUUAUGGAGCUUUUCACAGAUGACUAAAGAUUGGGUAUUUAGUAAAAGAAUUGGGAACCAGGAGAAUAAGCCUAAAAGGCAGAACAUGGCUAAACUGUUUAAGGAUCGUAAAAAAUUGUACAGCGAGUCUGUUGUCAAUGUUGAAGCUCAAAAGGAACUUCAGAAGAAUAUAUUGUAG